CAUUAGCAUCCAUUAAACCUGAUCUCUGGACUUUUCACUUUCAGGGUACUGAUCUCAGAGUACUGUUUGGGUGAAUUUGACCAUCUCUUAGGAGACUUGAACGUUAAGUUUCUAUAAACGAGUAAACCAGUUUCUCUCUUGUUUGAAGCAAUGCUGAAAUUCCAGGAGGCUGCUAAGUGUGUCAGUGGGUCAGCAGCUGUUUCCACUUAUCCAGAGACUUUGGUUGCCAGAAGAUACGAGCUUCUCCAGAAACUUGGCAGUGGAAGUUUUGGAACGGUCUAUCUGGUUUCAGACAAGAAAGCGAAAGAAGGAGAGGAACUAAAGGUACUGAAGGAAAUCUCUGUUGGAGACCUCAAUCCAAACGAGACUGUGCAGGCCAAUUUGGAGGCUCAGCUCCUCUCCAGGCUGCAUCACCCAGCCAUUGUGAAGUUCCAUGCGAGCUUUGUGGAGCAAGAUAAUUUCUGCAUUAUCACGGAAUACUGUGAGGGCCGAGAUCUGGACUGUAAAAUUCAAGAAUAUAAAGAAGCUGGAAAAACGUUUCCAGAAAAUCAGAUAAUAGAAUGGUUUAUCCAGCUGUUACUGGGAGUUGACUACAUGCAUGAGAGGAGGAUACUCCAUCGAGACUUGAAAUCAAAGAAUAUAUUUCUGAAAAAUAACCUACUUAAAAUUGGGGAUUUCGGAGUUUCUCGACUCCUGAUGGGACCCUGUGACCUGGCAACAACUUUAACUGGAACUCCCCAUUACAUGAGUCCGGAGGCUCUGAAGCACCAAGGCUACGAUACAAAGUCAGACAUCUGGUCACUGGCGUGCAUUUUAUAUGAGAUGUGUUGCAUGAAUCAUGCAUUCACUGGCUCCAAUUUCUUGUCUAUUGUUUUGAAAAUUGUUGAAGGCAACACGCCUUCUCUCCCUGAGAGAUAUCCAAGGGAGCUAAACGCCAUCAUGCAAAGCAUGUUGAACAAGAGUCCUUCAUUGAGACCAUCUGCUAUAGAGAUCUUAAAAGUGCCUUACAUUGAUGGACAACUGCAGCACCUGAUGUGUAAAUAUUCAGAAGCGACUCUGGAAGACAAGAAUUUGAAUUGUCAGAAGGAGGCCGCUCAUAUAAUUAAUGUCGUGAAAAAAAAGAUCCACCUCCAGACUCUGCGGGCGCUGUCUGAAGUGCAGAAAAUGACGCCGAGGGAAAGGAUGAGGCUGAGGAAGCUCCAGGCAGCUGAUGAGAAGGCCAGGAAGCUGAAAAAGCUUGUAGAAGAAAAAUAUGAAGAGAAUAACAAGCGAAUGCAAGAGCUGCGAUCUCGGAACUUUCAGCAGCCAAGUGUUGAUAUACUCCAUGCAAAAAAGCAUUUAAUAGGGACAGAAGAAAAGGAGGUGCGAUCUGAGGGAAGGCUUUCUUGUUUCCCCCAGGAGGAGGCUGGAGACAGGAGGCCAGGCAGGGAAGAGGAAUCUGAUGAACCAACUUCAGAGAACCUGCCUGAGUCUCAGCUCAUUCCUUCCCUGAACCUCAUGAAACUUGAGUCAAGUGCAGAGGACACCACAGCCGACCUUGCAGAGUGUGAGAUCCCAGAAGACCCACUUGUAGCUGAAGAGUAUUAUGCUGAUACAUUUGAUUCCUGUUCUGAAGAGAGUGAAGAGGAAGAAGAAGAAAUAGUGUUCUCAGGGCCAGAGGAGGAGGUCAAGGACAAGGAGCCCCAGCCUGCUUACAGAACAAACCAGCAGGACAGUGAUAUUGAAGCACUGGUCAAGUGUUUGGAAAAUGUCCUGGGUUGCACCUCUUUAGAUCAGCGAUGCAGAAACUGGGAGCAGAAGUAUUUGAAGAGGUCUAUAAUUACCUCAAGAGAGCAAGGCAGCAGCAUGCCAGUGAAGCGGAGAUCCAGAAGUCUCUAGAAAAAGUGGUGCCUCGGGCCAGUGACUGUUUUGAGGUUGACCAGCUCCUCUACUUUGAGGAGCAGUUGCC